AUGGCCAGAUCGCUCCCAUCCAGCUCAGGCUCGUCGUCGCCGCCAUCGCCCCCGGCGUCGAAGCCUACCAACACGCUCGCCGUGACCUCGCUCCCAAAAGCGUUCUUCGACCCCCUUAUUCUCAACAUGCUCCGCGACCACUUCGCCGCGUUCGGCGAGAUCAACCAGUGGGUGCCACUGCAGGGCUUUGGCCGCGUCAUCAUCGUCUACGAGUGCGCCAACCACGCAGAGGAGGCGAAAGUGCGCUGCGACCCCAUCGUUGUUGACAGCCCUCACAUCGACUCCGAGAUCGUGCUGCGGGUGUACCGCGCAGACCCCAACCCGCUCAUCUCGCGUUCAGCUGACCGUGCGUGGGUCCCGCACAUGAACUACUUGCAACCCCCAGCAAUCGAGAAGAACUUCCUCAUCUCCCCACCCGGGUCGCCCCCCGUGGGGUGGGAGCAAAUUCAGGAGGAUCCCCCGAAUGCCACGCCCCUCGCCGAGGAUCUCAUCAUGGCGCUGCGCAAACUCAAGACCUUUGAGGACCAGCCUGCCUUUGAGCAGCUGCUUGACCCCGAAGAUGGUGCUGGGGUCGGAGUGUACGUCGAGGACUGCGACGCACACGCUCAAAUGGACGUUCCGGACGAGGACUGGGUGUACGGCGAGUCCGCACCCGCAAGGCAGAAGUGGAGGCGAUUCGCUACCGCCAUGCCCCCCGUCGCGUCCAUCUGA